AUGUUCUCUCCGACACCAAAAAGUAAAGCUGCCAGUAUAUGGUCUUUUGACUCGGGCUACGGCUCUGCCACUUUGGAAGAUGCCGAAGGAGUCCCUGUCAACCAAACAGGAAGCUCUUCAAUCCAUGGAACGGUCUCUCUGAUCGAGAAAGAACCUGUAAAUCUAGAUUUACGCGACUCUUUCAGCCUUGUAGAAGACAGGACUCGCGCAAGAGCAAUUACCGAUUCGACUGAGCCCCAAGACACCAGACUCGAUGUGUUUACAUCCAAGGUUUGCUCGAGCAAUGCAUCGUUGUUCACGAUACCAAACAGCGACCAUGAUUGCCUCCGAUGUCAGCUCUGGAACAUAACAAAUCCUGGGGAGGAACUUAGAUGCGAAGACUGCCUCAGUGAAGCUUCCGCAUCAUCUACGACUAUUGUUCGGGUUCCUGGACAGUCGGAAACUACUCCUGUAGCAACUCGACUAGACACAGUCGAGGAACCUCCUUCGCAAUCUCUACCACGGUCUAAGGGCACCGCGCGAUGCUCUGCGUGUGAGAUAUCUGCACUUAUUCACCCGGGCCAAUCUACCAAUUGUACUUCAUGCACACCGGAUACAGAAGUAACAUUUCAACCUCGAGUGAACAAGCCAUCAGAAGUCAGGCGUUCGUGCGCCCGACGACCACCUACCAAACUCGAGUCGCAUGCUACGCGAUGUCUGCAUCGGUGGCUGAAGGAGAACCGAAACAACCCGUACCCGGACAACGAUACCAAGCGUUUGUUAGCCACAAAAUGCGGAAUCACUGAGAAACAGGUCAACACUUGGUUUACUAACGCGAGGGCGCGAAGAAGGGUAAUCGAUACGAGUUUGUCAAAUCCGGCCUCGGAAGACGAGGGUUCGCGGGAAACCAGACUUUCGAGCGUAACAUCGACGACGAUGUCAAAUGAAGCAUCUUUUGAUCAUCACGGUUCUAUUGUGGCCUAUUCUCCAGCCGAAGAUUCCAACCAGACCGGUAUAUUCACGUCUAGACGAGGCAAGAAAAAGGACUAUGGCCAGUCUGGCAGCAUUCGGCUUGCAGCGCAUCAGGGAUCAGUGGCCCAAUCUGCAUCACUGUUGGCAUCCAAAAACAAUGAUGAUGGCGAAAAGCAGACCUGGCAAUGCACUUUUUGCUACCAGCAUAUCGCACGUAAGUCCUGGCGGCGCCAUGAGGAAACACAACAUCGUCCCAAACGGAAGUGGACAUGCUUACUUUCUGGGCCAAGGAUUACACUUCCCUCGCGGUCUGAUAAUGUCACACUCUGUGCCUUCUGUAUGAUAUCAAGCCCUAGCGAUCUGCACUUUGCACAAUGCCACCGCAUAGCCGAAUGUAUAACCAAGGGCGAAGACGAAAGAACAUUCUUGCGACCGGAUCACCUACGUCAGCACGUCAGGAACUUCCACAAAGCGAAACUGAAUGAGACCAUCCGCGAUCUUUGGAGACGAGAAGGACCAGGCAACAACGCUGUGGAGAAUUGGGUUUGCGGUUUCUGCGAAAAGGUGCUGAAGACGUGGGAAGAUCGAGAGACACAUAUCGCAGGCCAUUUCAAGGACGGUCUGACAAUGACGAAUUGGAAGGGAUACAUACGACAGGAUUCUGAAGUUGAAGCAAGAAAGAAGAGACCGACCUCGAGUGAAGGGAGACCUAAUAUGCUCUCAAAGAUAGCUCGGACACUUACUGGUCGGCCAGUACACCAACAGCAUCACUGUGAGUCACAUGGCCAGAACACCGACAAUCUCGCUGCCACACCGAUAUCCAUGGACACGACCGGUCGAAAUCUGUGUUUGUUACCAGAGCUGAUCUUUGACAACUUCAUGCUGGGAGCAGGUGAUGAUUACUUCGACUUCAACAUUUCGGACUUUACUAGUGCGUACGGGCAAGACGCUGUUUCUGCUAGACGUCGCGACUCAGCAUUUCCCGGUGAGGGUGAUCCCGGAUUUGGGUUUGAUAAUCUGGCGGAGGAUACCACUAGCGAAGACUUCUCGAAUUUGGACACGUUUGGGCUUUGGUAUCAGUAA